UUUUUAGUUUAUACUUAAUCCUAUUUUUCCCAUUAGAACAGCACAAAUGAAGUGGCCUCUUUUACUGAGUCUGUGUGCCAUACAAUUAGCAUCAGCACAACACCAUGCUAUGGAAGAAAUGCCAGCAUUCAAUGCCACAGGAGACGAGCCCAUGUCUUACGCUUUACUGCCGGCUGAUAAAUCUUAUUUUUAUAUUCAUGUCACCAUGAUGGUUUUAGCCUUCUGGGUCCUGAUGCCUAUCGGUAUCAUGUUGGGCAUAGCCAAAUCCUCACUUCAUGUUCCUGUCCAGUUAGGUGCCUUUGUCUUUGCUAUGGUCGGUUUCUUCUUCGCCAAAUUGUACGGUCACUCAACACCUCAUUUAUAUGCAGGGAACUCCCAUCAUACACUAGGCUGGAUUUUAUUUCUAUUUUUGUGCGUGCAAAUGUUGGUCGGUGUCAUUCGAAAGAUAUCAAACGCCAUUGCUAGAAAUACCUCCUACCAGAUAUUGGACCCUGAAACCGAGGAGCGUCGCCAGAGUGAGUCAAGCGGCGAAACUUUGCAAAAUGGAGAGUUUGAUUUUGACAAAGAGGAUUACUUGCCUCAGUCUCGUCUCUAUACUUUUGUAUCCACUUAUACACCUACCCUGGUCAAGAAUGCCUUUGUCGCUGUUGCUUAUAAUUCAUUUACCAAGGUCGUGUGCAAGUACUAUCACAUGGUGAUGGGAAGAACCUUUAUCGUACUAGCAUUUGUUCAGACCCUCAGUGGUCUUGUUGUCUAUCAUGGCGUAUGUAGGUCUUGGGAAGUACUUGGUUGUAUUGCGCAUUUAAUCAAAGGUGGUAUUUUCUUUUUUUACGGUAUCAUUACCUUUGGUCGAUACUUGGGUGCGUUUGCCAAUCGAGGCUGGGCUUGGAAUGAAGGAAGUUCAAGUUAUAGCUUUGAAAUGAUUGAAUCCUGUCUGAUUUUUGUUUAUGGUAUCACCAAUACAUGGAUGGAGCAUUUCGGGCAAGAUUCAGCAUGGACACAUAAAGAUCUUGAGCACGCCAGUCUUGCAUUCAUGUGGUGGUGGUGCGGUCUUGUGGGUAUUUUGGUCGAAAGCCGGGCUAUCCGUCGACUUCUAGAACGUUCUACUACCAGCACAUUAUCACUGAACCCUUUCCCUGCGCUGACAGUACUAAUGACCGGUAUCUCCAUGGGAAAUCAUCAUCAAGAUACUGCUUAUUCCACCAACAUUCAUUUUAUGUGGGGGCUUCUCUUGUCCUGUGCUGCUAUCUGCCGGUUUAUCACUUAUAUCUCCUUGUACCGUAACACACCAAACGAUACAUUACCUACACGACCUCCUUCCGAAUUAUUGGGUGCCUUUUUAUUAAUUUGUGGCUCCAUCUUGUUUAUGGCUUCAAAUUCGGGUACAAUGACUUGGUUAAGGAGAAACCAGGUGGAUUCCAUGUUCUUAAUGAAUGCCUGUGUGGCUCUCACUGCCAUGACUUUAACUUAUGUCGCCUUUUUACAAAUCAUAAAAGCUUGGGCUGUCAGAAGAGAAGUUAGAAAGAUGACUAAUAUUACACAAUUUUAAACCUAUUUUUUUUUUUACACAUACUCUAUACAUAUAUACAUAAUGGUUAUUUCUUUAAUAAAAACACUCUCAAUUAAUUUAUCCUCUUAAGUUCACAAACAUCAGAGCACAUGACAAUAAAAGCAUUAUUAUCGGAGGCACAUAAAGGUGAUACAAGGCAAGAAACUGUAAUGC